CCCUCUCCGACUUGCCAUCGGCUGAAUCACAGACAACGCUCGGUUCUGCUCUAGCAAUGGCAGCUGUAGCUCGCUUUUCCAGGAAGGCAAUAGCAUCAGCGGUUGGGACUAAUCAACUCCGCCGUGCUUUGUCGACGGAAGUGUCCAAGACGAUCGCGCCAUCGCCGGAUCGAGUGAAGUGGGACUAUAGAGGUCAAAGAAAGAUAAUCCCGCUCGGCCAGUGGCUCCCCAAAAUUGCUGUCGACGCCUAUGUUGCGCCCAACGUCGUCCUUGCCGGACAGGUUAACGUCUGCGACGGGGCCUCCGUCUGGGCGGGUUCGGUUCUCCGCGGCGAUCUCAAUAAGAUUACAGUCGGGUUUUGUUCUAAUGUCCAGGAACGGUGCGUCCUCCAUGCUGCUUGGUCAUCUCCAACAGGACUGCCAGCAGAGACAUCCAUAGAGAGAUUCGUUACGAUCGGUGCAUAUAGUCUGCUGCGGUCCUGCACAAUUGAGCCCGAGUGCAUUAUUGGGACGCAUUCCAUUCUCAUGGAAGGAUCCCUGGUUGAAACCCACUCUAUUCUUGAAGCUGGGUCCGUGGUUCCCCCAGGAAGGAGAAUUCCAAGUGGUGAACUUUGGGCAGGAAACCCAGCAAGGUUUGUUAGAACACUGACCCACGAGGAGACCUUGGAAAUUCCUAAACUUGCUGUUGCAAUUAAUGAUCUGAGCGAGGAACAUUUCUCAGAGUUUCUUCCUUACUCCACAGUAUAUUUGGAGGUUGAGAAAUUCAAGAAGUCUUUGGGUAUAACCAUAUGAUGCAACCCGUCUUCUCAUCUUAUUGCAUUUUGUUUGUCGAGGAAAAUAAAUAUCUCCAAAUCAUAAACCAGCUUUCAGGUUCCUUGAUUUCGCGUUGAUUUUGCUGGCAUUGUAGGAUCAAAUGGAUUUUAUUAGUUUAAGAUUACUGUUUUUGUUAUCACUUGGAUCCGUUGUGGAUAGUUAAAAUCCACCAAUGACUUGUAAUCUCCCGUGUAUGUUUUACAGAUAACAUCUAUAUGUUCCAAACGACACAUUUGGGUUUUUCGUUUGCCAUUUCCCAGGUAUCUUAAGAAGUUGGCUCUGUAAAUGUUUCAAGGAA